AUGGGCAUAGCUGCUGGAGAUGCUCCAGCUCCAUUGGAGAAAGCCACCCAUUCUGAAUCAUUAAACUUUGCCCUGCUUCAUGCACCCACUAGGACUUUGCAAGAACUGUUUGAGCGAACGUUAAAUGAACGUGACUAUACUCGUGCGAAAAGCUUAGCCGAGAGCUACGACACGAUUGAUAUUGAUAUCGUUCUUAAGCGAGAAUGGCGAGACAUUUGUAACAGCCAGGCGGUGACUGUGGAAAGUGUGGACACCAUCUUGCGGCAAAUACAUGACAAGGAUUGGGUGAUUGAGGCAUGCAGCUCUAGCGAUGCACCUUCCCUGCAAGUUCAACAAGCUCUAGUGGAUUUGGGAACAUCCUUUCCUAGCGCUCCGUUGCUCGCCCAGGUUCGACUCCAUCACAAUGCGCGAAUGCUUAUAGUAUGCGAGGAUGUCAAUGAAUAUAUCGAAGUACGCAAUUUAUCCUGCCUGGAUGCAGCUUUUCGAUUUGCUGAGCGCCUUAAUCUUGUUUCUCUGGAUAGAUCAAUUGAACAGAAUUAUUCAUUGUUGGUACCGUUCAUACUCGAUAUUCUCUCACAUAUUCCACCGAGUGUGCCACCAAAUCGAUAUGAACAUUUGCUUCCAGAGAAGAAUGGUAAAGAAGUGCAAAUAGAUAAGGUGUUGUUUUCCUUCAGCAUAUAUCAUAUGGCUGGUAGUCAGGUGUAA